CCGCUAAAUAAAAAGCGCGGGAAAACGAAUAGGAUUCUCGUCUUAGCGGUCACGCACGAGAGACAGAUAGAGAGCAGAACAGAGAAAAGCUAAUCUGUACGAACAUUUCCCGCCCCUCCCCCUUCUAUGGCGCCUAGGAAGCGAAAGGCUGAGGGACAAGAUGAGGGAGUCAAGCCUAUUACAGCCACGUCCACGAGGGUCACUCGGAGCUCCACUCGCCUUGCCAACUCCAACUCCUACGCGCCGCCGGUUGAUUUACCCACUAAGAAAAAGGGGAAAACAGUGGGAAAGAAGAAGGUGAAGACUGAAGACGAAAAGGAGACUGAGACAAACAACGUGGAAGAGAAAGAGAGUGAGAAAGUAGAGGCUAAGGAGGAGACUACUGACGAUAGGACUAAGAAGACCAUUGUGAUUGAGCACUGCAAACAAUGCAAUUCAUUUAUGAAAAGGGCUACACUGGUGAAAAAUGGUCUGGAGAAUUCUGUUCCCAGUAUCAGAGUGGUACUUAAUCCCGAUAAGCCUAGAAGGGGUUGCUUUGAAAUACGGGAGGAAGGUGGAGAGAAGUUCAUCAGUCUUCUGGACAUGAAACGGCCAUUUAAACCAAUGAAGGAUCUUGACAUGGACAAAGUCAUCGCAGAUAUAAUUGACAAGAUCAAAUGAUGAGCCAUUGGAGUGCAGGAGUAUUUUGACUGCAGAGGCAGUUUUUUGUGGAGUUGGAAGUCAACCAAGCUAACAUGACUCUAAAAUGGAAACCUUCGGAUUCUGUUCUGUUGAUUUUCCAUGCAUGCAUCUGUUUGUAGUUUUGUUGUUGUUAUACUGUCAAGGUCAUUAUCCUUAUGAACAAAUUAUUUUGGAUAUAUUCUUGGCAAGCACUAUGAUGAACCAAUGCGUACAAGUGCAUUUUUAAUGUUGUUUCUGAGAGCUAAGGAAGUGAUAUUGACGCGUUAUUUA